UGAGAAGAAGAAUAAGAAACAGAGGAGAGAGUGCGAAAAUACGCUGUGUCGCUAAUCAAAAUCAUUGAAACCAUAAAACAUUCCAAAUGCUACGGUAGAAAAUAUCGUAUCAGUCGUUCUCAUUGCAUUGCGCACUGAACACCUAUAAACCCAGCGUACACGGCCCAAACACAAUGACUCGACAAGGUGCGCAGCUGGCAGGUUUAACAAUAUUUUUAUGUUGUAUUCUGGAAUUGACCACUGCUGGCGUCCCACUCAACCGAUACGAGGCGGUAUUAAAACAACAAUCUGCGCCGGUGGACGAGGAGCUUGGCCUGUACGAUGACAACGAUAAGGUGGUUAAGCUAACUGUGGCCAAUUUCAAUGAAACUGUGCUCGAACAGAAUCGCGGCUCGCUCGUCGAAUUCUACAAUACAUAUUGUGGGCAUUGUCGACGAUUUGCGCCCACCUACAAACAGAUUGCCGAACAGCUGAACGCCUGGCAGGAAGUUGUCAUCGUCAGUGCCAUCGAUUGUGCUGCCGAGGAGAAUAAUGGCAUUUGCCGCCUUUACGAGAUAAUGGGCUAUCCAACACUGCGUUAUAUGCGCCCAGGCUUUCAGCCCAGUGCCAACAAUUAUGGCUUGAAGCUGGAGUCCCAGAACCCCGAAGAGAUACGCAGCAUGCUCGCCGCCAUGGUGGCUGCCGAAAAUCAGACCGUGAACAACACAUAUUGGCCAAAUUUUACGCCUGUGACGGAAAAUGAGAGUGCAUCAGAUCUUUUCGAGGGCCUCAACAGCCAACGACAAUAUAUAGCGCUCAUCUAUGAGCCAGAGAAUUCAACGCUGGCUGCCGAAACGGCACUAUUCCUGCUCAAGUGGCCCUCCGUGCAGGUGCGCCGCUUCAGCGAUCCAGCCGUUGCGUCCAAAUUUAAGCUGGACAUCAAUAAGCAGCAGCUGGCACUUGUGGAUCGACAGGGAAAUGUGAAGCUCCACACGCCGUCGACUCAGAGCAGCGACGCCUAUGCCAAAUCCAUAGAAGAAGCGCUCUAUGCUCUGAGUCUUACGCCCAGACCACCGCAGUCAUUGAAACAGGUGCAGCCUGAGUCCCUGCAGCCAAGCAGCGAUAGCCCAAAUAAUUCGCUCCAGCAAAUCAUCAGUGAAGUGCAGCGCAAUAAACAUAUCAUUUACCAAGCCGAUCUGGAGCAGGCCAUACGCACCAUCCUGCACAACGAGGUGUCCAAAGUGAACGAUAUCAGUGGAGAUCGUCUGCUGGCUCUGCAGCGAUUCCUCGUCGUGCUGCAACGGUAUAAUCCUCUGGGUACCAAUGGACGCCAACUAGUGGCCAAGCUGAAGGAUUUCGUUUUGCAAUUCAAUCAAAAGCUGACGGGCAAGGAGUUCGAGGAUGAGAUGCGACGUCUGGAAACAAAACUGGGCCAGGUGUACUCAAGCACACAGUACGUGGGCUGUGCGGGCUCCAGUCCGCAAUUCCGUGGCUUCAGCUGCUCGUUGUGGACGCUCUUCCAUUUUAUGAGCGUGCAGGCAGCGGGCAACGAGGAGUCGCAGGAUCCACUCGAAGUCCUCCAGGCCAUGCAUGGCUAUAUCAAGAACUUUUUCGGCUGCACCGAUUGCAGCGAACACUUCCAGGCAAUGGCAACACGUCGUAAAAUCUGGAACGUUGCAUCAAAAGACGAAGCCGUGCUCUGGCUGUGGGCAGCGCAUAAUGAGGUUAAUCAACGUCUGGCCGGCGACGCCACCGAAGAUCCGCAAUUCCCAAAGCAACAAUUUCCCAGUGCCAACAGCUGUGCCCAGUGCCGCAAUGCGCCAGCAACCGGUUCGCAAGAUAAUCUGUCAAUUGACUGGAACAAGGAUGCGGUCCUCAGUUUCCUGAAGAACAUUCACAAUCCGCAGUUUGUCAGUCGCUUUGGUGUCCAGCGGGCGGAGCUGCUGCACGAGACGCUGGACACGAUGCGCCAGAAGCGACAGAUCUCAAACGUCUUCUCCGACAUGGAUAUGCGCAUGGGCAUGUUUCUAUAUGCCUUCUGCAUUGUGAUGAUGGUGGUGGCCUUUAAGCUGUUCGCCUUCAAAGGCGGCUACCGCAAGAAGCCGUACGGACACGAUCUACUGGGCAAAGUGUAAUCAGAUUCACGUCUUUCUAGAACAACAAACCACGCCGUGGCUUAGCUUCAAUUCUAAAAAAA